GUGAGUUCUUUCCUUGUACCUUUACGCACAUAUGCUACAAUUUACACGUUCGAAUUGCGUGUGAGUUGAGCAUAAAGAAAUUUACGUGUUACAGUAUUAAAAAGGUACCACUGUGCUCCAGAAGAAAAGAGAGAUAUUUAUAAAAGAAGAAAUAAAAGCCGUAGGAUUCAAGAGACAAAUUGCAAAACGAUUUAUUUCCGUGAUUGAGGUUAGAAGUUGGUAGCACAGUUUAUUUAUCUUUUACGCUACGAAAAAAAUGGCAGAAGGUUUCGGAAGAGAAACUCCACCGAUCUACAACGAAGAAACCAAGAAACCAACUGCGGGACAACCUUUGUCGGACUUUUUACUGCAAUUGGAGGAUUAUACACCUACGAUACCUGAUGCUAUCACCGAGCAUUACUUGCAUACAGCUGGUUUCAAUACCACCGACCCUAGGAUAGUACGCCUAGUAUCUUUGGCAGCACAAAAAUUUAUUUCUGAAAUUGCCAACGAUGCGCUGCAACAUUGUAAGACACGUGGUGCUAAUCAGAAUACAAAAACAAAGGGAAAAGACCGACGUUAUACCCUGACUAUGGAAGAUCUGACACCAGCAGUUGCAGAAUAUGGCAUAAUUGUAAAGAAACCACAUUAUUUUGUUUAAUUCAAAAAACUGCAAUUUGAUGUAUUCUUUUCUUCAUUAUGUCGCUUCAAAUAUUUAAUGAAUAACGCAGCGAAUGUUUAAUGAACAUGAUUCCGUUUUUGAGUAAAAACCUUUUACUAGGACCAAGGUUAUAUGCAUAAAGUGAUAAUUGUUCUGAAAAGGUAGAGAAAAGGUUCAUAUGUUUUAAAUAGUAAGCUUUAUUUUGCAUGGAAUGGAUACUAUUAUAUGAAUAAGUUUUCUGUAAAGUUUCAUAAUUACAUUAUUUAAUGGCACGAAUAUAUGAGUAUAUCAUUGUGCAACUAUCAUUGCUAAUGUUUUUGUAAAAAUGUAACAACCAAUUUAAUAUAAUAAAAGAUAUCUAUAGGUAUACUA